GUCUCCGUCUCCUUCUCCUCCUCCCCGUCGCCGUCUCCGAGUCUCCCUCUAUUUCUCUCCGCCCUUGUUCUUCUCCUCUCUCCCUCUAUCUUAUUACCUCAAGUAGAAGUAGUAUAUAUUUUUUGUCCGCCUUUUCAAUUUUUCCUUUUAUCUCCCUGCGUCUCUUCGUCGUCCUCCUGCUGUGGCGGCCGCCGGCGAUCCCCGAUCGGCGAUACUCAGAUUCUAGUUGUCCAUUGUGCUGCACUGCAGCAGUAGACAAUCGUGUUUUUCGGUGUUUUGUCUGUCUCUCCUUGAUCAUUCAGAUGCCUGUACAGCUCAACUGCUAUAGCUAGCUGUAUAUAUCUGGUUGAAGAGGACUAAUCUAGCAACAAUGUCAUCGCUUCAGUUAUUGCAACUAACAGAACGGGGGCGCAACCUUUUGUCUUCAAGAAGGAGAACACUUGCAAUUGUUUCUGGUGCAGUACUUGCUGGUGGAGCUUUAGCAUAUGCGCAGUCAGGUCGAUGGAAAAAACACCAGGAAGCAAAUUCUUGCAGUGAUGCAAACUCACAUAGCAGUAAUAACGGAAGAACUAGUCAGAACGGCAUUGAUGGUAAAUUGGUUAAAACAAGGAAAAAGAAAAGUGGACUGAAGUCCUUGCAUUUUUUGGCUGCUAUUUUACUUAAGAAGAUUGGCCCGAAUGGAACGAAUUACCUUAUUGGCUUGAUACUAACAGCAGUCUUGCGUACAGCUGUUGGCCACAGAUUGGCAAAAGUACAAGGAUAUUUAUUCAGAUCUGCAUUCCUUCGGCGUAUUCCGACCUUUACACGUCUCAUUAUUGAAAAUCUUCUUCUAUGCUUUCUCCAAUCCACGUUAUAUCAGACAUCAAAGUACUUAACAGGGUCUUUAGGCCUGCGCUUCAAGAAAAUCUUGACAGAUCUUGUCCAUGCUGAUUAUUUUGAGAACAUGGUGUACUACAAGAUCUCACAUGUUGAUCAUCGGAUCACAAACCCAGAGCAAAGGAUUGCAAGUGACAUACCAAAGUUCUGCUCAGAAUUAAGUGACCUUGUACAGGAUGAUCUGGCUGCAAUUGUAGAAGGGUUAAUAUACAUCUGGCGCCUCUGCUCUUACGCGAGUCCAAAAUAUGUGUUAUGGAUUCUGGCAUAUGUUAUAGGUGCUGGUGGUACAAUUAGAAAAUUUUCUCCUGCUUUUGGCAAGCUGAAGUCUACAGAACAACAGCUAGAGGGGGAAUAUCGUCAACUCCAUUCACGAUUGAGAACCCAUGCUGAGAGUGUGGCGUUUUAUGGUGGUGAGAACAGAGAAGCAUCACAUAUUAAGCAGCGGUUCCGGGCACUUGUUAAACACUUGAAUGUUGUUCUUCAUGAAAACUGGUGGUUUGGCAUGAUUCAAGAUUUUCUUCUGAAGUAUCUUGGCGCCACUGUGGGAGUUAUCCUAAUUAUUGAACCUUUCUUUGCGGGGAAUCUUAAACCCGAAUCAUCCACCUUAGGACGGGCAGAGAUGUUGAGCAAUCUCCGAUACCACACCAGCGUGAUAAUAUCACUAUUUCAAUCUCUUGGAACCAUUUCUAUUAGUUCAAGGCGCUUAAAUAUUCUCAGUGGCUAUGCUAAUCGUAUUCAUGAAUUACUGGAUGUCUCGCGUGAGCUAUCUGGUGGCCGUGAUAGAUUGAUUACUCAAAAUUCUUCUGAUGGAAAUUAUAUUAGCGAGGCAAAUUAUAUAGAGUUUUCAGAUGUUAAGGUGGUGACACCUUCUGGGAAUGUCUUGGUUGAUAAUUUGAACCUUCAUUUGGAGUCGGGCUCUAAUCUGUUGAUCACUGGUCCCAAUGGUAGUGGAAAAAGCUCCCUUUUCCGUGUUCUUGGUGGUCUGUGGCCAAUGGUAUCUGGUCAUAUUGUCAAACCUGGUGUUGGUUCCAAUCUCAACAAGGAAAUAUUUUAUGUGCCCCAGAGACCAUAUACAGCUGUUGGAACGCUUCGCGACCAGUUAAUCUAUCCACUCACAGCAGACCAAGAGACUGAACCACUUAGCUAUGGUGGCAUGGUGGAUCUUCUAAAGAAUGUUGAUCUGGAAUACUUGCUAGAACGCUAUCCUCUUGAUAAGGAAGUUAACUGGGGUGACGAAUUGUCUCUUGGUGAGCAGCAAAGAUUAGGAAUGGCUAGACUGUUCUAUCAUAAGCCAAAGUUUGCUAUCCUGGAUGAAUGCACUAGUGCUGUUACAACUGAUAUGGAAGAGCGCUUCUGCAAAAGGGUUCGAGCAAUGGGCACAUCUUGCAUAACAAUAUCUCACCGUCCAGCAUUAGUUGCGUUUCAUGAAAUUGUUUUAUCCUUAGAUGGUGAAGGAGGGUGGGAUAUUCAGGACAACAGAAAUGGUUCCUUCUCUCCCGAAGUUGAGUUUGAUGUGCUGAAGGCAUCAGAAAGUGAUCGCAAGUCUGAUGCACUUACCGUUCAAAGGGCUUUUAUCACCAGCACAAAGGGAAAUGCGUCAAUGAAGCCCAAGAAACAUUCUUAUUCAACAGAGGUCAUAGCAUCUUCCCCCAGUAUGGAGAUAGAACAUACAGUACAAUCAUCUAUUGUCACACAAUUGCAAUGCUCUCCAAGACCUUUGCCUGUCAGAGUUGCUGCAAUGUCUCAAAUACUGGUUCCAAAGCUAUUUGAUAAGCAAGGAGGGCAGCUGCUUGCAGUGGUACUUCUUGUAUUCUCCCGCACUUGGAUUUCAGACCGUAUAGCUUCAUUGAAUGGAACAAGUGUCAAGUAUGUCUUGGAGCAGGACAAAGCUGCCUUCAUUCGUUUGGCUGGCACUAGUGUGCUGCAAAGUGCAGCAAAUUCCAUCGUGUCACCCUCACUGAGGAACCUUACUUCAAGAAUCGCCCUUGGAUGGCGGAUUCGCAUGACCAAUCAUUUGCUUCAAUAUUAUUUGAAAAGAAAUGCUUUUUACAAGGUAUUCAACAUUUCAGGUAUGAGUAUGGAUGCAGAUCAAAGAAUGACACAUGAUGUAGAGAAGUUGACCAAUGACCUUGCUGGCUUGCUUACUGGUAUGGUGAAGCCAUUAGUUGAUAUUAUUUGGUUUACAUGGAGAAUGAAGCUUUUGUCUGGGCGAAGAGGGGUUGCUAUACUGUAUGCUUACAUGUUCCUAGGUCUUGGUUUUCUAAGAGCUGUGUCCCCUGACUUUGGGGAUCUUGCAAACCAAGAACAAGAACUUGAAGGCACGUUCAGGUUCAUGCACUCAAGAUUGCGGACACAUGCUGAGUCAAUAGCUUUCUUUGGUGGUGGAUCAAGGGAGAAAGCUAUGAUUGACGCUAAAUUCAUGACAUUGCUCAACCACUCGAAGGUUCUAUUGAGAAAGAAGUGGCUUUAUGGUAUUUUUGAUGAUUUUGUGACGAAACAGCUUCCUCAUAACGUGACAUGGGGGCUGAGUAUGUUAUAUGCUUUGGAGCACAAGGGAGACCGAGCUUUGACUUCAACUCAAGGAGAGUUGGCACAUGCUCUGAGGUUCUUGGCAUCUGUGGUGUCACAAAGCUUCAUAGCGUUUGGUGAUAUUCUUGAGUUACACAAGAAGUUCCUUGAACUCUCUGGUGGUAUUAACAGGAUAUUUGAGCUUGAGGAGCUUCUACAGGCAUCACAAAGCAAUCCUGUCAUGCCUUCUGAUGCCACAAAUGCCGGUUCCGAAGAAAUAAUUUCCUUCCGUGGCGUGAACAUUGUGACACCAUCGCAAAAGCUAUUGGCUAGCCAACUGUCUUGUGAUGUAUCUCAAGGGAAAAGCCUUCUUGUGACUGGUCCAAAUGGUAGCGGAAAGAGUUCCAUCUUUAGGGUGCUUCGAGGCUUGUGGCCCAUUGCUUCUGGUAGUCUUAGCAAGCCAUCUGAAGGAAUUUUUAAUGUUCCUCAACGUCCAUAUACUUGUCUUGGAACCUUGAGGGAUCAGAUCAUAUACCCUCUCUCUCACGAGGAGGCAAAGUUGAAGAUGCUCUCAGGCGAAACAAGUGACAAGUCUACAGCUUCCGAGCUGUUGGAUGAUCACCUGAGGACGAUUCUAGAGAAUGUUCGCUUGCUGUAUCUUCUGGAGAGAGAAGGUUGGGAUGCUACCACUAACUGGGAAGAUACUCUAUCCUUGGGAGAGCAGCAGAGGCUGGGGAUGGCUCGUCUGUUCUUUCACUGUCCCAAGUAUGGCAUCCUCGACGAGUGCACCAAUGCCACAAGCGUGGACGUUGAGGAGCAUCUGUACAGGCUAGCAACCAACAUGGGCAUAACAGUCAUCACAUCCUCACAAAGGCCUGCUCUGAUUCCCUUCCAUUCGUUGGAACUGAAACUCAUUGACGGCGAAGGAAAGUGGGAGCUAUGUUCCAUCCACCAAUAACCGAUUGCCAUCAACCAGUUUAUUUAUGUUCACCGGAGUAGGGUAUUUACAAGUUGCAACGCACAGAGGAAAAAAAACUCGUCCACUCGGGUGUAGAGUGUGUGACGGAGUCUUUUUUUUUUUUGGUUUCCCUUUUCUUUUCUUUUUCUCUCCCCUUUGAUGGAAAUCUUGCGAUACGGAAAGGGAGGGAGGAAGGAAAUAUACGGCAGGAAAGGAAAGUAUUAGGAGAGGUUAUAGAUGCAGGCUUCGUCAUUUGGGAUAGCAUAGUACAUGUUCCUGGCAUGAUAUGCCAGCCUGAUUGAUUUUUAUACGAGAUACAGAAUAAGUUAAAAUAAAAAUGGAUAUGGCACAAAGUGUGCCCUUGUAAAUU